GUUUUCUGUCAGUUUUCCGUUUUUGUCUACAACGCAUCAAAACGCAUUACAAGGAAUAAGAAGUGUUUAUAUGCAACUUUAAAAGUCAACUGAGAUGGUUCAACGCUGAAAAUGAGCGUCAUGUCAUAGCUCACUCGUUAAUUAACGAAUUGUGCAUUGCAGUACAUGCAGUACUUGGUCUAACUGUGAGCCGCAUUUUUCAAGAAUACCAAAGUACUGACUAUUCGCACUGCUACCAUGGUAACACUGCUUUUACUCUUAAAUCACGUGAUCAACACAAAACAGACAAAUAUGGACAAGUCAAUAAGGUUCAUAGUGAMCAAUGACUUUGUACUAGUUGAUCACGUGUUUGAUAUUGUCCAAUCAGUGGACCAGUUUAAAUGUUCACGRCUGUGUAUGCAAAGCGAGAAUUGCUAUAGCGUGAACUAUUUCACUGAAGGAAAAACAUGUGAGUUGAAUAACAAGAAAAAGAAGGACGUUAAACUGGAGUUCUUCAUCAAGAACAAUGGUUGGAUGUACUUGGAAAAAAUGAUCUGUCAAUCAGAUUCUUGUCUUAAUGGUGGAACCUGUYWUACUGUCUACCAACCACUUAUCGAUACCUUUACCUGUCAAUGCYCACGAGGGUUUGUUGGCCAGUWUUGCCAGACAGAAAUCAUGGGAUACAGUAAAGAAUCGCCAGCAAUUUCGUGUAAAGAAAUCUACGAUCAACUACCAUCGUCGCCGUCUGGAGUCUAUUAUUUUAAAAAUGUAAGUGGUUCAGUAACCACUCCUUACCAGGCCUACUGUGUUAUGAAUAUGACGAAUGGAUGCGGAGGAGGAGGCUGGUCUCUAGUGAUGAAAAUUGACGGAAAUAAGACUACAUUUCAUUACAAUUCAACGUAUUGGUCAAAUAAGCAAUCAUACGDCCCAACAGCCGGUCAAACAGGUUUAGAUACCAUGGAAACCAAAAURCCAUUCUAUUGGUCAACACCUUUUAAGCAUGUGUGCCUGGGUAUGAGAGUUARYCACGUGACUCGUUGGAUUAAAMUUAAAUUUGUYCCGUGGCAGCUAGUGCGUCUAAUUUUCCUUUCUUUUAGACAUUCUGAAAACUCCUUAUAUGACGUCAUAUCCGGYGGUCAAUAUGCUCCGUUAUCGAGUAAUGUAAAACAGUGGCGAAGCCUGGUACCCGGUUCAUCAAURCAAAAAGGCAAAGUUGGAAUGGGUUUUAAUAUCAAAGGUAAACAAAGUGACAGAGCUUUAAUCAACAGYAGGGCACGUAUUGGUUUAUUAGCCAACAACGAGUAUGACCUCUUAACACCAGACUCUCGCAUUGGCUUUGGAACGGGAGGAAUUGGGAGAGACGAGGAUGAUACCAAUUCGUGUGGAAACGAGGCUGCRUCUGGUUUAGAGGCUGACAAUGACAGAGUGUCAAUCAAAGCRUUCUGUUAUAUCCUGAUACAAUAGUCUACGAAUAUUGAGAGAAUAAUGUUUAAAGGAAUUCUGUGAAUUAUCUAGCUUCAUUCCUAAUCAACAAAGCAAUACACCUUUACCAUAAUGGCCGACAUCUAAUUAACAUAAAUUUUUAAAAUUAGGAUUUUAGUCAAAGUAAGCUAGCAGCUGAUAGGAACCUGUGCUAAUAACAACAUAUAAAAGUUUGAAAUGAAAAUAUUAAAUUCUGGUGAAGUUAUAAGGAUUUAAAAUAUAUCAUAACACCAGAACGAGGCUAUAARGGCCUUGGCUGAAAAUUACAUACAUUUCUUUGUAUUUUCAUUUCGCCAUAACGUUCUUCGUAUUUUAUCCAGGGCUGUAAAACUUUCCAAAAAUGUUUAUUUCUGGUAGUUCAUUUACAUGACAGUGGCAAAGGUUUCACAUUUUUCAUAUUCAGAA